AUAAACCUUAAGUUUUGGGAUAAGGAAAAUGCAAAGAACACAACUUGAAAAAGGCAAACCUUUGUUGAAAGGAAAAAAAGAAGAGAGGAGAUAUCCCUAAAACCGAAUCCCCAGACAAAAUUGGCGGCAAAAGAUUGAUACAUUUGUUUAUCCAUACAUCCACGAAAUCCCUUCCUAUUCUCUUGUUCCGAUUCUUCUUCAACUUGUUACAUCUUCCCCACAAAUUCUCUUACAUAAUAAACUCCCCCAACCUAGUUCGAUGCUUCUUAGGAGGCUUUGCUCUUCCUUAACUAAAUCAAACACCAACCCUCUUUUCCUUCAUCGAAAAUCUGUCAACCCUUUUGUUAAUUCUUCCCCAAAUCCACAAUUUCUCACUUCCUCCUCAAAAACCCUAAACCCUCUAAGGCCAAUUUCGCUUCCCCGUUCUUUCUUCUCCUGCAAUUCACCAAUGGGCGAUGCAAGACGGCCUGCAGUAGUGCCGAUUCCAAGCCCGGAAACCGCUGACCGGGCCGAGCUUUUCCGGGCUCUGGAGGCUUCAUUGGGGACGUCUUUUAGCUCUGCUCCAUUGGUGCCUGAGAAUAAUCCUCUGGUCAUUGUGAUUAGUGGUCCAAGUGGGGUUGGGAAAGAUGCUGUGAUUAAAAAGUUGAGGGAAGUUAGGGAAAAUAUUCAUUUUGUUGUUACUGCCACAAGCAGGGCAAUGAGGCCUGGUGAAAUUGAUGGGAAAGAUUACUUUUUUGUGAGCAAAGAUGAGUUUUUGAAGAUGAUUCAAGAUAAUGAGCUGUUGGAGUAUGCAUUGGUGUAUGGUGAUUAUAAGGGUGUGCCGAAAAAGCAGAUUAGGGAGGAAAUGGCUAAAGGGAAUGACAUUGUGUUGAGAGUUGACAUACAGGGUGCUGCAACUUUGAGGAAGAUAUUGGGUGGGUCUGCAGUAUUCAUUUUCUUGGUUGCUGAAAGUGAGGAGGCAUUGGUGAAGAGAUUGAUUGGUAGGAAGACGGAAACUAAGGAGGAUUUGCUUGUUAGAGUUGCUACGGCUAAGGAGGAGGUUAAGCAUAUGAGCAAUUUCGAUUAUGUGGUUGUCAAUAAGGAAGGGGACUUGAAUGGUGCUGUUAAGUUGGUUGAAUCAGUAAUUGAUGCUGAGAAGGCUAAAGUGCAUCAAAGGAAUUUCGUUAUUUAAAGAGGAGGUAUUCAAUGACUAAUGAGAUAUCAUGGUGUAAGCUGGGGUACUACUGGUUGACCUUACUAUCCUGAUUAAGUGGCUGCAUAGAUUUUAUAAGGUAACAUCAUUGUGUUUCUUAAAUGGAGAGGUGAAAGGUAGCACGUUGCUGGAAUCUCAUUUCAUGUGCUCACCUGCCAAGAUCAACCUAAGAAGUUGUACUUACUAUUGUGGGUAUUCUUGUUGAUAUUGAUAUGAGAUAGUUUGAAGAAUAUUCACAUUUUUUUGUAGUUUUAUUUAUUGGUAGUGGUUCUGAACAGUUUACAGAAACAAAAGAAACAAAUGUUAUGCGAAAAUAACCUUUGAGCAUUUUCAAACAAGAUUUUGCAGCUAUAUGCUUUCCAAUGGGCAUAAAGCCAGUAACUUUACUUUUUCUUCCAUUGGACAAGGAAGAAUUGUUAUUAUUAUUAUUAUUAUUUAAGUGCCUUUUUUUAAUUCGAG